GCGGAGCGCGGCGCCGCCGCGGGUGUGGGCGCGCCGGGGAGCCCCGCACGGCCCGGCCCGCAGCCGGGGGCGGCGGGCGGCACCGCCUCGCCGGCCGGGGAGGGGGAACCCGGCCCGGCCCGGGCCUGCGCGCCCCGCACCGCGGCCCGCCGCCGCCGAGAGAUGGCGGAUCCCUAUACCUGUAAAGGUGGAAAGAAAACUGCAGGCUCCAACAAACCCGCUGCCGGCAAAGAAAGCAGGACAGAGACAAGGAUAAACCCCCCAGCAGAGCUGCCCAAGCUCGGAAAUGCAACCAGUGACAAAACUGAAGGCAGGAAGAAAGGACGACCUAAGGCUGAGAACCAGGCUCUGAAAGACAUCCCUCUCCCCCUGAUGAACCAGUGGAAGGAUGAAUUCAAAGCCCACUCCAGGGUGAAAUGUCCCAAUUCAGGAUGCUGGCUGGAGUUCCCCAGCAUUUAUGGCUUGAAAUACCACUAUCAGCGCUGCCAAGGGGGUGCAAUCUCAGAGAAGCUGACAUACUCGUGCUUGUACUGCGAAGCUGCCUUCACCUCCAAAACCCAGCUAGAAAAGCACCGGCUCUGGAAUCACUUGGACCGGCCAGUGCCAUCCAGCAAAGCAGAAAACAAAGUGCCAAAGGCCAUUGGGAAGAGCAGUGGCAAGAAAAGAGCUGCUGAGAGUUCAGCUUGCCCCACCAUCCAUCCCAAACAGGCAAAGACGGACAAAGCCGUGGGCCAGGAGCACGCGGAGAACGGCGAGUGCCCGGCGGAGAGCCGGGAGGGCAGGGAGUUCCAGAUCGCAGCAGCUGAGGCCACAGCAGCUGCCACCCCCACGGCCAAGUCCUGCAGUGGCAAGGACACCGUGCAGCAGGGGGGCAGCCAGGCCUCACUGCAGGAGGAAGACCCCGAGAGGAUGAAGCACAGAAGGAAACAGAAAACUCCUAAGAAGUUUACGGGGGAGCAGCCAUCCAUCUCGGGGACGUUUGGACUGAAAGGUCUUGUCAAAGCAGAGGACAAAGCAAAAGCCCAUCGAGCUAAGAAGUUGGAGGGGAGCACCAACAUGGAGGACCUGAAAAAGAAACCUCCGGGAGCUGGUGUGAAGAAGGAGACAGCCAUGCAUCUUCCAGCAGCAAACCCUGAGGACCAGUGGCAGCGGGAGAUCAGCGAGAAGGGAGAAGUCUCCUGUCCAACCUGCAGCGUUAUAACCCGCAAGACUGUUGUGGGGCUCAAAAAGCACAUGGACGUCUGCCAGAAACUGCAGGAUGCCUUGAAGUGUCAGCACUGCAAAAAACAGUUCAAGUCCAAAGCUGGCCUGAAUUACCACACCAUGGCUGAACACGUCAGCAAGCCUGUUCCUGUGGAAACUGCUGGACUUGGUGAACAGGAAGAGCGGGAGAGGCUGAGGAAAGUGCUAAAGCAGAUGGGAAAACUGAAAUGCCCCAAUGAGGGCUGUGUGGCCAACUUCUCCAGCCUGAUGGGCUACCAGUACCACCAGAAGCGGUGCGGGAAGCAGCUGGCUGAGGCUGACAAGCCUGUCUUCAGCUGUCCACACUGUGGCAAGAAGUACAAAUCCAAGGCUGGCCAUGACUACCACGUGCGGUCAGAGCACGCGGCCUCGGGGAACCCCCCGGACGCCUCCGGAGCCCGAGGAGCAGGGCCAGACCCCCCCGAGGGUGACUGCAGAGCUGCGGAGCCUGUGGGCAGGACAGAGCCAGGCAUGGCCGCGCCAGGCAAGCCUCCAGAGGAGCCAGAGGUGAAGCCGGAGCCCAGCCCUGUAGAGGAUUUCGAAAGGACCCCGAGCGGCCGCAUCCGUCGGACGUCGGCACAAGUCGCCGUCUUCCACCUUCAGGAGAUAGCAGAGGAUGAGCUCGCCAGGGACUGGACCAAAAGGAGGAUGAAGGAUGACCUGGUGCCUGAAACAAAGCGGCUCAAUUACACCCGACCGGGGCUUCCAAAGCUCAAUCCGAGGCUGCUGGAAAACUGGAAGAAUGAAGUGAAGGAGAAGGGCCACAUCAACUGUCCCAACAACUGCUGUGAAGCCAUUUACUCCAGCGUCUCAGGGCUGAAAGCUCACCUGGCCAACUGCAACAAGGGGGAUCACUCGGUGGGCAAGUACCGCUGCCUCCUGUGCCAGAAGGAGUUCAGCUCCGAGAGCGGGGUCAAGUACCACAUCAUCAAGGCUCACUCGGAGAACUGGUUCCGAACCUCCGCAGAGGCCAGCCGGAAAAAGAAAAACAGGGAACAGCUUUCUUCCAGCAAAGAGGAGAAAAAGAAGAGCACAAACGGGAAGAAAAGGGGGAGGAAACCCAAGGAGAGGCCUCCAGAAAUGUCCCCGAAGGGCAGAGAGAGCGUGGCAGCAAAGACUAAUCACAAGAAAACCCUCGAGCACUGGGAAGGCUCCCAAGGCAGCCCUGGUGGGGACGAGCGUGUCCCCAAGCCCCCCAGCCAGCGGAAGGGGGGGGCCAGUAAGAUGCCCGAGAAAUGAGCAGCUCAGAGACUCGUCUCCGAGGAUUCGUUUACAGCCCAGGGUAACAGGGUGGGGGUUUCUCCCAGUUUUCUGUCCCCCCAUCGUCCCACCUUCCCACUUCUCCCCCACCCUCCCCUCCCCCCACCCUCCACUCACCCCUUUUUAGAAAAAAAAAGAAAGAAAAAAAAAAAAAGAGACAGAAAAUACCAAUUAACCACUUUAAAACAAGUCCCGGACCUUGUUUCACACUGGAAAACAAACAGGAUCAAGCAAGCUGGACCCUUCCCACCCCUGCCUGUGUACAUACCCCUCUGCCUGGCAGGACCCCCCUGCCUCCCUCCCCCGCACCCUGCCUGUCACUUCCCUUCUCACUCCCUGCGCCAAACUGGUGACACUUGAGCGAAAGAAAAGUGCAAUAGCAGCGGGGUCCCCGUGGCUGGGGGUCUCUCUGCAGCUGCGUGCUGGGGUGGGUGGGGGGCUGCCUGUCUGGGAGCCUCCAGCAGGCUCCAGCCCCCCCCAGUGCUGGCAGCACCUGCAUCCCUGCUCCCAGGAUGAUGCUUCCAAAGAUGUUUGACCCAGUGGCCAGGCAGGGUCUGGCAGUGGACGCUGUGGGAGAUCUGGUUGUGUUUUUCCCUUGGCCUUGGGAUGAGAGGGGACGUGUUUCGGCAGGGACUGGUUCCGUGGUGGUUUUGGCUGGCUCGGUGCAGGGGGUUUGUGGCUGCAGGAGGUGUGAGCGCUCCUGGAAGUCGAUGGGAGAAGGGAGGGAGUUGCUGUAGGAUCGGUCAGGUUGGAGGGAUUAACUGAAAGUUGUGGGAAUGCUGUGGUGUGUCCUGGUGGGUGGGAUGGGGGGGAGCUGUGUCUUGGCACUGCAGUGAUGCCGGGGUCAGGGCAAAUCAGCAGCCGUGGAACUGCCCAACCAGAGCUGGGGGGGUCCAGCUGUCAGAAAGGACAACUCCAGGUCCCCAUCCUGCCCCAUCCCAAAGGUGCUGAUUGACCAGGGAGGAGGAGUGGGGCUUGGGUCACACAACUGCAGCCACAGGAGGUGUGUAACGGGGACAGGGGGACAGCAUCAAGUGACAAUCAUGGGUCCUGCUUUCUCGCCUUGUCCCUCAGGGCUGGGACCCAGACGGGGUGAGUCUUGGCUGCCCCGAGAUGGAUUCAAGCCCUCGAGUGUUGUCCUGGGGAAUGGGGAGUCCCUGCAGGACACGCUGCCCCCUGCUUGUUCCCUGGGCUUUUUGUUGUGUCUGCACUACCACCACCUUGCUCCGGCCUGGAGGGAACCAUCCCUGGACCAGGAUGAGUCCGUCUCCAGACAAAAACCAGGCUACCUCGGUCCUUGGGAUAACGGGCACAUUUUCUCUCAGUAACAAAACAGUAAACCUUAAUUUGUUUGGGUUUUUUUUUUCCCCCAGUGCGGAGCCAGGAAGGUGGCAUUGGGGAGGAGAAGAGCUUCUGCUUUUACUUUAAUCAGUUAAAGCCUCAGCCCUUGCUUUCCUGCACGGCUCUUUGCCGCCCUCAGUAUUGUUCCUUGCUCUGAGGAGCUGCUCAGUAAUAAUGAACGUCCUUCCCCACUGGCAGGUUGUUAUGGACACGGAGGCAGGGAGGGGAACAGGGGUGUCUGAAGCUGGAGUAGCUUCUCAGGGCAGCCAGUGCUGAGCGCACUCAGCCAUGAGCUGGACUUGUUCCUGGGGGUGAAGGAACCCGCUGGAGCACUGCUGGUUGUGCCGGGCUUCGAAGCAAUUAGUGAGAAAGCUUAAUUAGUCGCUGCGGCUCAGCCUGUUUACCACUUGGGCUUCAUCCCAUCUUUGUUUUGGUGGCAUCGCUGUUACCAGUUUUGCCUCCCCAGGGAAGGGAGGAGAGUUGAGGAACUGUAGGACCCGCCAUCUCAAGUCUUUUUCACAGGGAGGACCUGGGGACACUGUCCUGGGUGAUGGCUUUUUGCUGUGCUGAACCUGAGGGACAGGGCUGGCUGCCCACAGAGCUCCAUGCCCAUGGGCUGAAGCAAUAACCACUGGAAGGGCGGGUGAGGAGGGACCCCCCACACCCCAGGAAGGUGCUCAGGUGAUGCUGGAGGGGCACACGGUGGCUCCCGGGGGGGGGUGGGCAGCAGCAGGAUGGGGACAGCAGGCAGAGCUGGGGACCUGAUACAGAGUUUGGUGGUGAAAUCUCUGUGGAGGGGUGGAGGAAGCCUCUGGAUCCCUAAAUCUCAUCCCACCACAGGGGAAAGCCCCCAGCAAAGCUUCUGGCCCAGGGAAGGCGGGGACCCAGUUGCUGUGUUGGACAUUCACCUUGUAAAGCCCACCCCUCCAUGGGACACCAUGGGGCUUGGUUCUCAUUAACAUAUAAUUAAUUGGCUGCUGUGCUCUGUGCUGGGGCUGAGCCCUGGAGCAGGAGCUCUGCCAGGAGCCACUCAGGUGGGGGGAACUGGGGAAGGGGCUGUCAUUGUCCAGCUCCAAACCCUUCAUGCUGCCACAGUAAUGAGAGUGUCUCCAAUGGAGUGUCCUGGCAGGAAGGGACAGCCAUGGUGGCCUCACGGGCUGCCACCAGCCCGGAGGAGACCCCGAGGACAGUCUGAGGUCUCUGAGUGGGGAUGGCAGUCCUGGUGCUGAGGAUGUCCCUGUCACCCUGGGGCCUGGGAAAGGCUCCUCACAGCUGCGCCUUGGCCAAGAGCAAAAUCUCGUGAGAAAGUGAAAUAUUCAGGGUUCUUCUUUUCCCCUUAAAAGGUAUUUUUUUCCCCCACUAGUCAUCACUCGAGCUUGAGUAUGUCCUCCCACCGCCUCCUUCUCCAUGAGACAUCUUCUGGUCUCCUGCUUGUCUGGGAAAGGCUCUGGAGCGAUGCCGGGAAUACCGGGAGCUGCCUGUCCCAAGGCAGGGAGGGGGACCAGCCACAAUGGACCCCCAAGUCCUGACCACCCCCCGCCCUCUGUGUGCUGGCCAGAGGCCUGAGCCACAGGUUUGUCCCCUCUGGCAUGGGGGAUAACCUAGAGUUAAUGAAAAGGCCUGUGAAGAUCAGGGGGUGCUGGGGAGCGGUGUCACCCCCUGGUCCCCACUCGGUGCUUGGGGGGUCACUCACGGUAAGUAAAUGGGGGGCUCGGAGCAUGGUGGGGGCUGCAGGACAGCCCUGGCUGCAGCCCUGCCUGACCCUGGGUGACACGGGCCUCUGGAGCACCCUGGGGACCAUGACACUGCAGAGACCCCCCCAGUCCCACCACACACAUCCCCAAGGAACGGGCUAAGCCCCCAUGGGGUUGGGGGACAGGAGAACCUCACGGAGCCAUCCCCAAAAGCUUUGAUCACAGGGGGGCUGCCACGGGCAGGAGACCCUCACCCCGACCAGCGUGUGCCAGCGAGGCCAGGUGUGCUGUGGGGGCACGAUCACCCCCUUGGAAAGGGCACUGUCACCCCCUGGGAAGGGAGCAAGGGCUGAGUCUGGCCAUGGUGGAGCUGCCCCGUCCUGGAGCAUUGCUCACACCCAUGACCAUUGGGAGUGUUUUGUUCUUUUCUUUCUCUCCUGGUGACACCCAUCCCGUGGCAUAUCCGAAUGUCUCUCGUCGAUGCCAGUUAUUAGUGCAUAAGUGUAUUUUGGGGAAAAAAAAUAAAAUGGAACAAAACAAAACAAAAAAGGAAAAAAAAAAAGGAAUUUUCAAUUUAUCACUUGUAACCAUAUAUAUAAAUAUAUAAAUAUAUAUAUUAAAAAGUGUUUAUUUGCAAAAAAAUUAAAUUGUUUUAACAGUAAACUAUCUUAUAAUAAACUCCCGAUUUGUGACGAUCUGUUCUUUUUGUUAAUCAUUGACAAAUCCUCAGUUGGAGAGUCCUGUGACAGCAGCUCUGACCAGCCCAGCACCGCGGAGGGGCAACUCGAUGUACUGUAUGUAUCAAAAAACAGCUGUAUCGAAUAAAUGUUUAUGGAUUUUUUAAUUCUCA